CUCCAAGCUGUCUCCUCCAAUGGCUGCCACCCCAACCCUCAUCAGAACUUAGUUCAUCUCCAACUGGUCUGCACUCAUCUCCUCCGCCAUUUCCCCCUCCCUUUUUCUUCCUCCAUAAAUGCCUUCUCUCCAUCUCUUCAACCCCACCGCCCCUCCCCUCCUCCUCCUCACUUUUCCCUUCAAUUCACCUCCUCCAUGGCUACUUCCGGCCGCCACCCCGUUUACCGCGGCGUUCGACGCCGCAACACAGGCAAAUGGGUGUCGGAAAUUCGCGAGCCCCGGAAGCCAAAUCGGAUUUGGUUGGGAACCUUCCCGACAGCUGAAAUGGCGGCUGUGGCUUAUGACGUUGCUGCCCUUGCUCUCAAGGGCCACGACACCCACCUCAAUUUCCCCAAUUCCGCGUCCUCUCUCCCUGUUCCUGCUUCACGUUCACCCUCUGAUAUUCAGGCUGCAGCCGCCUCUGCCGCCGCUGCGCUUGGUGCCGCAGCAGCCGCCAUCGAGGCAAGAAGUGGUUUUCACGGUGGCCGUAGUAAUGAUCCAGGGGAAGUGCGAAAUCAUUUCAUGGACGAGGACUUGAUUUUUGAUAUGCCUAAUAUUCUAAUGAAUAUGGCUGAAGGAAUGCUUCUUAGCCCUCCCCGUUUCAAUAAUCAUGGUGGUGAUGACGACGGAGCCGAUCAUGGUACUGGAAACCUCUGGAAUUUUUUCUAAGCAACAAAUAUACACAUAGGGUUUUGUUUCUUCCGUCUUCUGGUUCUAAAAAGGAGGGAUGUUAUAUAAGAUCCCACCUCAAUUGUAGAGGAGAACAAAACACUCUUUAUAAGUAUGUACAAACUUCUCCCUAGCAAAUACAUUUUUAAAAGAUAGUAUGUGUCUGAUCAGCGGCCAUUCACCACAUUUGGUGAAGAAAGAAGCAAAAAGCAAAGCAAGUUGGAAGGUUAAGUUAGUUGAAGAUAAUGAGAAGUUUGA